AUGGAUCAGCUGCUGCUGCUGCUGCUGCUGCUGUGGGGCUCAGGACUCCAAGAAGGACACAGCUCAAAAGACUCUGGUGUCAGGUUGGUGGGAGGAGACAGUCGCUGUGCAGGAACACUGGAGGUGAAACAUCAGGGAGAAUGGAGGCCAGUAUGGGGCUAUAACUCUUUCAGGACCCUGGAAGAAGCACAAGUUGCCUGCAGGGAUCUGAACUGUGGCUCUGCUGUUUCUGUAGGAGAGAGCACAGACUUCUCAGAGACACUUGUGUGGAGGAUCAAUGUUGACUGUGUUCAGUCUGGAUCUUCUCUGAGGGAGUGUGCUGAAGCAUAUUCCUCUAUCUACACCCUGAAUCUAACCUGCUCAGACUCUGUCAGGCUGCUGGAUGGAACUAGUCUGUGCUCAGGCAGACUGGAGGUGAAGUCUGACGAGUCUAACCCAUCGUGGUUCUCAGUGUGUGAGGCUGACUUUGACCAGCAGGAUGCAGAGGUGGUGUGCAGGGAUCUUGACUGUGGGGCUCCUUCAGUCCUCCAGGGGGUGCCCUAUGGAGAAAAGGAGGGUCCAAUGUCGACCAAAGAGUUCCAGUGUGGAGGCCAUGAGUCUGCUCUCCUGAACUGUAGCUCAGAUCUGCCUGUUUUUCAGCCCAACAUCUCUCCUGUCCUCCUCCCACUGGACAGGCGUCUUUUCCGGAGGCCCAGCAGCGGAGAGCGGUUCCAGAUGAUCAGGAGGGCUCCACCUUCUUCACUAUCAGGUUGCUCCAUCCAGCCUUCGUGA